AGUAUAAAUUGAGCAAGUCUUGUUUUUUGGAAGUAUAUGUUACCCGAGUCUUGUUUUUUGCAAGUGUAUAUUUGGCGAAUCUUGUAUGUUUCCUGGGUUUUGCACCGUGAGACUUGAUCGUAUCGUCACCACGCUGGCGUCGGGCGAUCAACGCAUGAGGGCGCCUCGGACAUGAUGGACUCUUCCGGCAGAACUGCAGGCAAUUCAUCAGGUAUGGAUCUUUACCAAUUUAUGAGGGACAGAGCAAUCCCAGAAGCCACUAUAGAGAGGAUGAGGAAAGAGAAGAUUGAUGCGAAAACAGUGCUUCUCAUUGAUGACAAACAACUUCAGGCAUUCCUCCCACACCUGGGCGACCGUGUGGCAGUUCAACAUUUCUGCAAGAAAACCAUGAAGCAAUCAUCUUCCAGUGAUAGUGAAGAUACUGAGAAGGGGAAACUCCUGCAGAAACUUCGAAUGAAACUUCAUAACAAAAGAGGCGGUGGUACAUCAGAAGCUCCAAAAGUGCACCUUGUUGGGAACAAACAUGCAAAACGCACUACACGAAAAAUAGACAUUGGGUGGAUGCAUUAUGAUGAAGUCCAAAAACAAUACAAGCAAGUCCGGAAACAACAUGGGGGAGGGACAAGAAAACUGGCAGUAAGUAAGUCGUCAACAGCAGAUACCCUAAAAAAGAUAGCAGAGGGCCUCUUUUUUAAAGACGGCCAAUCCUCAAAAGGAUCGUUGGAAUCGCAUGAAACCCAACUUACUGAUGUUCGGCACCAAGUUGUACCGAGCAGUGCCACAUUGGAGGAACUGUUUGAGGAAGCAAAGAUGGCAGUCGUACGAUUCUACCUAAAAACGAAACAAUAUGGCGUGGAGAGUGAGGACGAAGAAUCUUUUGACUUGUGGGAUCCCCCAGAAGUAGAAGUGGAGACCUCAAAAAUUCCUGUGGAUCAGCAUUCAGACAUGGAAGCCAGUACAAGCUUUGAACAAACAGAUACACCAACCAUUCUAUUUCGUCACCGACAUCAGGAGUGUAAUGAACAUGUACCAAGUACUGACAGUGCGGGAAGUUACCAGUCCUACAUAGAAAUACUUGACAGCGACAUUGAUGAAGAAGACCAAUCACUAGCUGCUGCGAUCGAAGCCAGUUUAAAUGACAUCCAGCCACUACCAGAACCAAGAACAGAGAAAACGCUGCAUCAGAUAAUUUCACAGCUCGAGCAAUCAAUCACAGGAGAUCCCAUAAUGGUCAUUGCUUCUAGAAAAAGGUUGCUGAAGUCAGCUAUACAUGCUACUCAAGCCCAGGGCUUCAGUUUUGAUCGACCACCUUGUGUGACGUUUGCCGGUGAGGAGGCCGAAGACGAGGGUGGGCCAAGUAGGGAGUUUUUUAAGUUGCUAAUGAAAGGCGUUGCAUGCAUGGGCAUCUUUGACAGUUCUAAAGGUGGUCUUCAAUUCAGGUACGACGUGGAACACAUGAGGAAAGGCACAUACAAGACAGCUGGUCAACUAAUACGUUGGAGCUUGAGCAAUGGUGGCCCUGGCCUGAAUGGCCUUAACCCAUGUGUGUUUGAGGCUAUGGUUGGGAAAGCAGAUGUUAGUUUGAGUGAGGUGGACAACAUCUGUGAUACAGCAUAUCGUGCGAAUGUGAAAAAGCUUCAGGAUUGCUCUGCUUCACAGAUGACAGCAACCAUAGAAGAGCUUACUGACUGGUUGAUAGAUCAAGGUGUGACAAAAUUCAUUGGGGUUGAGAAAGAAGACAUUGUUCAAAGCCUGUUAAAUCACUACAUGGUUUACAGGGUUCAGCCAGCCACGAGUCAAUUCAUUAGUGGAUUAGGAGAAGAUUUGUUCCAUGACAUUGAACAAAAUCAGCACACAACUAGAUGCCUUCUCGUCCAACAUGACAUAUCUUUGACACCCAAGAGCUUGAAGGAGUUGUAUCAGGUGGAGUACUCUCCUGAGGGCUCAAACAACAAGUCUGCUGAGGAUGACACCAUCUACUCCUUUGAGGUUUUCAUAGAAAAUUGCUCAAGGCAACCUGGUACAGGGCAAGUUAAAUUGACUCAGCUGCUUGACUUCUGGACAGGAGCAGACUGCAUUCCUCCAUGUGGGUUCAAGAAACGCCUUAUGGUUGGAUUUUACACUGCUGUAACAGGUGUAAGGCGAUUGCCAUCUGCAUACACAUGCGGCCCCACAUUGUCACUUCCAAGAGGAGUAGAUGAUCCUGACGCGUUCCACCGCAUGAUGGAAGAUGCCAUCCUCAACUGUCAGGGUUUUGGGAGAGUUUAGCCAUCUGCCCUCCAUAGAAGCUAGUUGUUUCUUUUUCACAGUCUCACAUCCUAUUUCAUUUCAAUUACAACUUACUCACUUGACUUAAUCAUUGAUGGCCUCAACUAUGGUGAUUGGUAAAAUGUUUGUUUGGCUCGUUUUUGCCAAGUUACUUUUUUUUUACUUGUAGUUUUGAAGAUAAAAGUCAGCUGUGUAUUAGCUUCAUGAAAGGUCAGACUCUGUAAAAAUAAAAGCCUUUCGUAAAAACAGUUAAAUCUUUGGUUUAUUCACAGAUCCACCCACGCAACAACAUUGGUGAUGUUAAGGUUAAUGGUUUGAAUUUUAAAAAAAAUGGAUAUGAUGGUCUCUGCGUCGAUGAUUGGUAAAAAGAAGACUUGCUUGUUUGGCUCAUUCUUGCCAUAUGCUUAAUUGAGUAUUUUAUAAAGUUGUUACUAGUUUUGAAGAUAAAAGUCAGGUGUGCAUUCUCUCUUUAUGAAUAGUAACAGUAUAGUUUAGCUUAUUGGAAGACAUAUUUCUGAAGGGAUAAAGUUGUGGAGACUACUUGCAACUCUCUCCACUGGGAAAAGUGAUUGGGUAUGUCUAAGAAAUAGAACAAUGCCACCAGUGAGCACACUGCAUUCCUCCAUAUGGGUUCAAGAAACGACAUAUGGUUGGAUUUUACACUGCUGUAACAGGUUUAAGGCGAUAGCCAUCUGCACAUGCGGCCCCACAUUGUCACUUCCAAGAGGAGUAGAUGAUCCUGACGCGUUCCACCGCAUGAUGGUAGAUCCCAUCCUGUCAGGGUUUUGGGAGAGUAUUAUCAUCUGGCCUCAAUAGAAAUCAGUUAUUCUUUUUCACAGUCUUACAUCCUAGUUCGUUACAAUUACAACUUGCUCACUACUUAAUCAUUCAAUAUUACCAAAUAUCCGGUCCGAAGAAUUAAUGAUCUAAAGGUUUCAAAUAAAGUGAUUUUCAAUUGUUAGAGAUGAUAGAAUUGCACUGAUUUUGAAUUGUGUUUAAGUCCGAGUACAAAAUAUUGCGAAGAGAAAUAUCUUGCAUGAACUGAUGUAAUAGAUGUUGCUACACCCGUGAGUUUUUAUGACCCAUACAAGUUCAUCAUAUGUCCAACACCACCCCUACAUGAUGAUUGGUAAAAGUAGACUUGUUUGUUGGGCUCGUUCUUGCCUUGUGUUUAACUCAAGUAUUGUAUUAAACUUGUUACUAAUUUUGAAGAUAAAA